CAAACACUGUGAGUUCUGAGUAGGCUGUAUCUGAGCGAUAUAGCAGAGCCACCACAAACGCGCGGCGUUCGCGGUGUGACUAUCCCAAACCACAGCAGCUACAGGCACAGUCAAGUGGUCUCAACUAUAGCCCUCCCCGGGUUGACCGGGUGGGGGGCUUGGCGCUUACUGCGCAGCGUAUCCACCGCAGUCGUGCCGUCGUUCUCGUUUACAAAGCUCUCCGUCACGGUCUUGGCUGGCUGAGGCAGUGUUUACCAAGAUGCCUGCCUUCGCUUGGCGCAGCAGGUAUUAAGCUGUGUUGUAGAGUGAUCGUAAACGCAGGAUGCGUAAACGAAAACUCCAACUUAAGCUCAACCGUGACCGCCAGCCUAAGCCAACACAAUGGAUAGCGAUGGUCUUUUUCCCCCGGAGAUUCAGAGAGCCACUCUCAGAUUGAAAAAGUCCCACAAGAAAUCUCGAACAGGCUGCGACACAUGCAAGCAAAGGCGUGUCAAAUGUGACGAAACCCGGCCAUCAUGCAAAAAUUGCUUAUUGCGAGGGAUCAAAUGCCGCUAUAGCAAGCGUCUGUGCACUGCAGACCCGGUAGAUGCUCCAACAAGGAAGAUAGAUGCCAAUCACAGCACAAGCCCCGGCUCCUCCAGCUCUCCCGACUGCGAGAACGGGGCUGCGUUGGCAGCAAGUCCAGUCAAUCUUGGUGGGAUCGAUGAUGCCGAGCUCAGUCGGUACUACUUCGAGUACACCCUGCAUACUUUCACGCGCAGCUGCGUACGGCAGGAGUCUUCGUGGGCGUGGCACAUUUUCGUUCCCAGCCUGGCCUAUAGUACCGAAACGGUGCGCCAUGGCAUGUUGGCACUCGCCGCCAUGUCUAGGUAUUACGCAGCUAGGGACGAUGAAGAACGUCCACUGAAGUACCUCGAAGCUGCCAAAGCCCACGGCAAUGUGUUCGUCUCCCAAGGCACGGCAGCGCUGCAGAAACUGCACCCAAAGGAGGCCAACGCCAACGUGGCAAAUAGCAGGCUGCUAGCCGUAUUAGCAUUUGCGUUCGCCCGACAAUACCGCAGUGCCGGCGUGGAACUGGCCUGUGCGACCUCCUGGACAUGGCUUCACUUGCUUCGUGGCGUGCGCACGGUCUACACUGCAAUGGUUGAAGCCAAGCAAGAUAUCGAUCCGCUAAUUAAGCGGGACAUGGUUCCAGAAGUGGUUCCAGAAGUCUCGACAGCAGGUCCGGUGGCUGAAGUCUCCUGCACCUCUAGCAUAACGAGCGGCAUGCGAAGCAUUCUGGAUGCGAUACAGUGUAGUCAGCACGAGCGGUUUUCUUUAUUACGGGACGCCUGCCACGCAGUCAUAGAUGACGAGUACGCCGAAGACUACCUCGCAGCGCUUGCAAACCUAAUCGAAGUUACAGAGCACAUCUGCUCAGGCAGAUUGAAUAGCCUCUUCCGCUCUCUCUGCACUUGGCCGGGCAGACUCUCAAAAAGCUUCGUCAUGCUUCUAACAACCCUUCACCCUGCAGCGCUUGCACUCUACUCGCACUGGCUGUUGCUGGUCGUGCUUGCGGAGGAUAUGUGGUGGAUGGGCGAUAUGGGUCGGGCUGGUAUAGGUGCAGUUGUUGAGCUACUCUUGAAGUUGGACCCUAGUGUAUUGGCGCUUGUCGAAUGGCCAAGGCGAAUCAUGAUGAUGGUUCCAGAUCAUGUUGGGACUAGUCCGCUCGAGGCCCGCCACUGCUAGGUAUGGAGCUCUAUGGCUUGAUGUCUCACAAAAGUCCGAAUCAUACAGACCUUCGAGUCGGGUAGAGCUAGACGAUCAGAUCCACAAGCAAUGAAGAAGCUACCACGUACCUACGGCGGCAUCCUCUUAUUGGAUGAGUCUGCCCCAAGGCACUAUAAUCCGUCGCGAAGCGCUUGGUACAUCAACAGAUCCUUGUCCAGCUGUAUUGGUGCGGACAAAGUAAAUAUGCUGCAGCAAAGCGAAGUGUCAAAGGUUUUUGCCGCUGGCUUUUUAGGAAGCCAUGUUCACGUUCCAUGUAUGUACGCCUUCUUCAACAGCGGAUACGAGUGAGUCAUGAUCAGAGCAACAGACUGGAUGCUCUCCUCUCAGAUUAAAUAUGGGCAGGAGACAGUGCCUUGACCAGCCAUCACAUA